AUGGGGGAAGGACGGGGACUGAAUGUUAAUCGCAUCCUGAGUGAGUGUGCGAGAACACAGCGAGUGUGUGAGUCCCUCACGCUCUGGCUCCUGCAAGCCGUGGCCGCUGCCUGCCGCUGCCGCUGCCGCUACCCGCCACCCUCCGCCCGCGCCCGCCCGCCCGCAGCCUCCUCGGCCACCAGCGCCCUGUUGAGGGGUAUCGGCCUGGGUGGCCGGCAGAGGGGGGCACCCCAGGUGGGUGGAGGGGGAUCCCCAUGGGGUCAGGCCGCAAGAGGACACCCCAACAGCCUCCGCAAUGUCCGGGGCCCAACUUCCAGCGCAACAUGUGUAGCCUCAUCCUUGCCUAGCCUGGUGGCCGCAACCUUGGGGGACAGGGCAGGGCAGAACCAAGAAGAGGAGGGACAGAGCCGGGACAGGCAAAAGGUCCCCGCCACUGCCGCCUGCGCUGCUGCCGCUGCUGCCGCUGCUGCUGCUGCUGCUGCUGCUGCCUCGCUGCCGCCCUGGGCCUGGCCCCCAACCAGCUCCCCAACACUCCACGGAAUCUUUGGGUCUCUGGACACUGGUUCCGGUCCUGGCCCCCCAGCAAUCCCCCCCACAGAACAGGGUCAUGAAAAGGAGAAGGGCUCCACCUUCCUGCAGCUCGGCUCCUCCACAGAGCAGCAGCUGCAGGUCAUUUUUGAGGUGCUGGAGGAGUACGACUGGACAUCCUUUGUGGCAGUGACCACCCGUGCCCCCGGCCAUCGGGCCUUCUUGUCAUACAUCGAGGUGCUGACUGAUGGCAGCCUGGUGGGCUGGGAGCAUCGAGGAGCGUUGACCCUGGACCCCGGGGCUGGUGAGGCGGUCCUGGGCGCACAGCUCCGGAGCGUCAGCGCGCAGAUCCGCCUGCUCUUCUGUGCCCGCGAGGAAGCAGAGCCUGUUUUCCGGGCCGCAGAAGAGGCUGGCCUCACUGGGCCUGGCUACGUCUGGUUCAUGGUGGGACCCCAGCUGGCUGGAGGCGGGGGCUCCGGGGUCCCUGGGGAGCCCCUUCUUCUGCCAGGAGGCGCCCCACUGCCUGCGGGGCUGUUCGCAGUGCGCUCUGCUGGCUGGCGUGACGACUUGGCACGUCGAGUGGCUGCUGGUGUGGCGGUGGUGGCCAGAGGCGCCCAAGCCCUGCUGCGAGACUAUGGCUUCCUGCCUGAGCUGGGCCAUGACUGCCGCGCCCAGAAUCGCACCCACCGCGGGGAGAGUCUGCACAGGUACUUCAUGAACAUCACCUGGGAUAACCGAGACUACUCCUUCAAUGAAGAUGGCUUUCUGGUGAACCCUUCACUGGUGGUCAUCUCCCUCACCAGAGACAGGACAUGGGAAGUGGUGGGCAGCUGGGAACAGCAGACCCUCCGCCUCAAGUACCCGCUAUGGUCCCGCUACGGCCGCUUCCUGCAGCCAGUGGAUGACACACAGCACCUCACUGUGGCCACGUUGGAGGAGAGACCCUUUGUCAUUGUGGAGCCAGCAGACCCCAUCAGCGGCACUUGCAUUAGAGACUCAGUCCCCUGCCGGAGCCAGCUCAACCGUACCCACAGCCCUCCGCCUGACGCCCCCCGCCCGGAGAAGCGGUGUUGCAAGGGUUUCUGCAUCGACAUUCUGAAGAGGCUGGCGCACACCAUCGGGUUCAGCUACGACCUCUACCUGGUCACGAACGGCAAGCAUGGCAAGAAGAUCGAUGGUGUCUGGAAUGGCAUGAUUGGUGAGGGUCAGGCUUUGCCCAGCGCUGGCCUCUGUGCCCUGAGCGGCUUCCCUUGCCAACUCCUCGAUCCACCCCAGGUGUUCUAUCAGCGUGCGGACAUGGCCAUCGGCUCUCUUACCAUCAAUGAGGAGCGGUCCGAGAUCGUGGACUUCUCCGUCCCCUUUGUAGAGACGGGCAUCAGCGUCAUGGUGGCACGCAGCAAUGGCACUGUAUCCCCCUCUGCCUUCCUGGAGCCCUACAGCCCCGCUGUGUGGGUGAUGAUGUUCGUCAUGUGCCUCACCGUGGUUGCCGUCACCGUUUUCAUCUUUGAGUACCUCAGUCCUGUGGGCUAUAACCGCAGCCUGGCCACAGGCAAACGCCCUGGUGGUUCGACCUUCACCAUUGGGAAGUCCAUCUGGCUGCUGUGGGCCCUGGUGUUCAACAACUCGGUGCCGGUGGAGAAUCCUCGGGGCACCACCAGCAAGAUCAUGGUUCUGGUGUGGGCCUUCUUUGCCGUCAUCUUUCUCGCCAGCUACACAGCCAACCUGGCCGCCUUCAUGAUCCAGGAGGAGUACGUGGACACCGUGUCCGGGCUCAGUGACCGAAAGUUCCAGCGGCCCCAGGAGCAAUACCCACCCCUGAAGUUUGGGACGGUGCCCAACGGAUCCACGGAGAAGAAUAUCCGCAGCAACUACCCUGAUAUGCACAGCUACAUGGUGCGAUACAACCAGCCGAGAGUGGAGGAGGCCCUCACACAGCUCAAGGCAGGGAAACUGGACGCCUUCAUCUAUGACGCAGCAGUGCUCAACUACAUGGCCCGCAAGGAUGAGGGCUGCAAGCUGGUCACCAUCGGCUCCGGCAAGGUCUUCGCCACCACUGGUUAUGGCAUCGCCCUGCACAAGGGCUCCCGCUGGAAGCGGCCCAUCGACCUGGCGCUGCUGCAGUUCCUGGGGGACGAUGAGAUUGAGAUGCUGGAGCGGCUGUGGCUUUCCGGGAUCUGCCACAAUGACAAAAUCGAGGUGAUGAGCAGCAAGCUGGAUAUCGACAACAUGGCAGGUGUCUUCUACAUGCUCCUCGUGGCCAUGGGCCUCUCCUUGCUGGUCUUCGCUUGGGAACAUCUGGUGUACUGGCGCCUGCGGCAUUGCCUGGGGCCCACCCACCGCAUGGAUUUCCUGCUGGCCUUCUCCAGGGGCAUGUACAGCUGCUGCAGCGCCGAGGCUGCUCCACCGCCUGCCAAGCCUCCGCCCCCGCCGCAGCCGCUGCCCAGCCCCGCAUACCCCACCGCGCGUCCGCCCCCUGGCCCUGCGCCUUUCGUGCCCCGAGAGCGUGCAGCCGCCGACCGCUGGCGCCGGGCCAAGGGCCCCGGGCCUCCGGGGGGCGCAGCGCUGGCCGACGGCUAUCACCGAUAUUAUGGUCCCAUCGAGCCGCAGGGGCUGGGCCUUGGCGAGGCGCGCGCGGCACCCAGAGGCGCGGCCGGACGCCCGCUGUCCCCAUCCACCACACAGCCCCCGCAGAAGCCCCCACCCUCCUACUUCGCCAUCGUGCGCGACCAGGAGGCGGCCGAGCCCCCCGCCGGAGCCUUCCCCGGCUUCCCAUCCCCGCCCCUGCCCACUGCACCGCACCGGAGACACCGGGGCGGGGACCUGGGCACGCGCAGGGGCUCGGCGCACUUCUCCAGCCUGGAGUCCGAGACUGUGCCCCGACCAGACUGUGACCCUUACGUCAGACUUCGAUGA